CAAGUCGCACAAGUCAAAUAAUAGAAAAUACAGAAUAGAUAAGUUCAAUGUAAAAUUAUUAAACAACUAUGUGAAUGAAUAAGUUUGUGCACUAUUCACCACUGACUUCUGCUGGCCAAAUUGAGCUACAAACACACAUGUAGGUGGAAUGGAAAUUUUAAAGUGAUCAUGUGAUUUGUAGUAGGCAAUGAGAUGAAUGCCUCCAGUAGAAAGUUCUCAGUGGUUUGAUUUCUAAAUUCUUUCAAACACCUCGACCCACGUAUCAUGUCAUUUAUGAAGAUGGCUCCACUCUGGAUUCUUGUUUCAUCUCUCAACAUAAUAUUUCCAGCCCAAGCUGAGGAUUUUACCCAUCCAUCGUUUGUCUCUGUGAAGCCUGGAGAACGUGUUACUCUAAACUGCACAUUUCACGAUAAAUACAGUAAAGAACUUAUAGUUUGGUACAAGCAGCAAUUUGGAGAUAUGCCUCGGGAAGUGAGAAAAAUGAGAGCGUAUAUAAACACCGAGCCUGGGAUCAGCUCAGAAUUUAAAGUAGAGGAUAUUAUGAAUGGCAUUUCUUUAACAAUUCUGCAAACAAAAAAAACUGAUGAAGGAUUGUAUUUCUGUGGAAUAUAUACCUGGGGAAAAUUUACAUUUUCCAAUGGAACAUUCAUAGCUGUGACAGGUGAUGGAGAUGUAAAAGUGUCAGUGUUCCAGAGCGGCGUGUCGGACUCGGUUCCUGCAGGAGAGUCAGUGACUCUGCAGUGCUCGGUUCUCUCUGAGAGCAGAUCAGCAGAACUCCAAGUGCUCUGGUUCAGAGCUGCCCCACCACAACCCCGUCCUCAAAUCAUUUACACUCAUCACAACAGCAGCCAUCAGUGUGAGAGCGGCUCUUCUACACACACCUGUGUGUACAACUUCUCCAAGAACAUCCUCAGCCUCAAUGAUACUGGAACUUACUACUGCGCUGUGGCCGUGUGUGGGAAGAUCAUUUUUGGGAACGGGACACGAGUACAACUGGAUGCGAACAAAUUCAAUAAAGAGUGUUUCAAGGGAUCUGAUUCUGUAGUGAUCUCCCUUGCUGUAGCGUUGGCAGUGUGUGUGGUGGUGAUUUUUGCUCAAGUUAUUUUCAGCUGUAAAAAACAAAACACGAAAAAACUACCACAAGGUGCUCUGAAAGUGAAAACACACAAUCAGGCCCGUGAUGCCGUGGAGAUGAAUUAUGCUGCCCUAAAUUUCAGUGAGAGGAAAACUAACAGCGGAAGAGCCAAAAAAAGACAACCUCAAGAUACUGUUUAUUCUGAAGUGAUACACACUCCUGUUACUUAGAUUACUGUUAGCACUCUCAUUAUAAUUGUCUGCUCAAUCAAUCUUUUUACAUUGAUUUGGCUUAAACAUUGUCAUAUACACUCUAUUCUCUCAAGUGGUGAGAAAGCAUAAUCCUGAGCUUCACAUGUUACAGGCCUGACUUGCUUGAAAGUUUUGAAGAAAACAUUGAGUAGCAAUUAUAAACGAGAAAACUAAUCAUUAUGAAUGAUGCUGCUAUAAUAGAAUAAUGAUGACUGAAGGUAAUUUUUAAACAUAUGUACAGUUAUAAAGUCAAACAAGUGGUGUGGUCUGUUUAAUUAUGAGAGUGUAUAACACUCUUGUUUUUACUAUGCAACAUCUGAUAAAUCUCAGAUUAUAUAAACUUUGGUCAAGCUGUAGCUUUCCAUAAGCAUGUUGUAAUAGUUCAAUGUAGAGGUUAUAAAGCAUGUGCUAGAGUCUCCGUGUCAUGGUGUAGUUGCAUAUGACAUCAUUUUAGAGAUGUUAUUCAUGGAAGUAUCAAAAGACAAACCAGAGGGGUUGCAGCAAUCUUUUAUUACACAUAAUGGCUAAUAAUGUGAAAUUUUAUUGUUGUUUCUAUUAAUUUAUGCUUAAUCUAAACUUAAUCGUGAAUGUCUAAAGAGCUGUAUAUAAAGUGUGAACAAAAAGGAGCCUAAAACAGAGCCUUGUGGGACACCAUACGGCAGGUUUUCUGGUUCUGAAGAAUUUCCAUUUAUGCUAACAAACUGGUGAUUGUCUAUUAAGUAAUAUCUAAACCAGGCACUGGUUUAAACUAGAUUAGACUGCUUUAGACUGGCACUGGAUUUACUGCCCUGUCUAAACUGAACAUUUUCAUAUUUUAUGAAACAUAUUUCAUUUUGAAUUCCAGGUCUUUAAGGUCAAAGUAAUCAGUAAGGCACAUUAAUGACGUGACAAUGAUUAACGAAUGAACUAUACAUAUCUGAGAAUGGCUACAAGUCACGAGAAGAAUCUCAAUCAAUUCAGAUAGAUAUGGAGUUAAUGCUGGCUAGCUAACAGCAGUAAGCAUUAGCUUGAUACGUUGUUCAAAAAUCAUUGCGAUAAUGUUAACGUACCUUCUUAGCAUAUUAGCAAUGAUAAAAUGUAUAUUAUAGUAGUUGUGCUACUCAAUCAAUAUUAACAUGAAAGUCAAUGUUUUGU